AUGAAGUCCCUUGCUCUACUCUCCGCCCUCAUUGCAUCGGCAUCAGCCGCCGUUCUUCAGCCUCAUAAGGUCUCUUAUGAUGGACACAAAGUCUUCCGACUGUCCGUCGAGGCCGACAACAUUGGCCGAAUCAACGACAUUGUGGACAGGCUGAACCUCCAGACCUGGAAGCCUGCCAGGAAAGUAGGAUCUUUCGCAGAUGUCGUAGUGCAGCCUAGCCAACUUGAGGCUUUCAAGAAGGAGACGUCGGACUUGAAGCCCGUGGUCAUGCACGAAGAUCUUGGGCUCUCGAUCGACAAAGAGUCCACGUUCCAGCCCUACUCCGUUGAAGCUGUCAAGGCCGUCAACAGCACAUGGUUCACCGCGUACCAUGCCUAUGCAGACCACCUGCAGUUCCUCAGAGACCUCUCGGCGCAGUUCCCCAACACUUCAGAGAUUGUCACCUCUGGAAACUCUUUGAAUGGCAACGCCAUUACCGGCAUCCACUUCUGGGGCAGCUCAGGCAAAGGCGUCAAGCCUGCCGUCAUUCUCCACGGAACUGUUCACGCCAGAGAAUGGAUCACUACUCUGGUUGUCGAAUAUUUUGCCUAUACUCUGCUCACCAGCACCGACGCCACGACCAAGGGCUUUUUGGACAAAUAUGACUUCAUCUUCUUCCCAGUUGUGAAUCCUGACGGCUUCCUGUAUACUCAAAGCACUGAUCGCUUGUGGCGAAAGAACCGUCAAACAAAUUCCGGCAGCUCAUGUGUCGGUCGUGAUAUCAACCGAAACUGGAAUUACCAGUGGAAUGUCGCAGGAGGCGCAUCUACCAACCCCUGUGCUGAAGACUUCAAAGGUGCCUCUGCUGGUGACUCUGUCGAGUUCAAGGCCCUCUCUGCCUACAUCCAAAAGAUCAAGACGGCCCAAGGCCUCAAGCUUUACAUCGACUAUCACUCCUACUCUCAGCUCUUCAUGACCCCCUAUGGAUACUCUUGCUCUGCUGUUGCGCCAAACAACAGCGAGCUGCAGUCCCUCGCUAAGGGUGCCGUUGCUGCCAUCCGUGCUGUUCACGGCACCUCGUUUGAAUAUGGUCCCAUCUGCUCGACCAUCUACCAGGCCACUGGCUCCAGUGUCGAUUAUGUGAAUGAUGUUGUCAAGGCAGACUACACCUUCACAUCCGAGCUCAGAGACACCGGGAGAUACGGAUUCGUUCUCCCCGCCAACCAGAUUGUGCCCAGCGGAGAGGAGGCCUAUGCAGGCUUCAAGUAUCUGCUGCAAAACAUGAAAUAA